UUGAAAACGGCACAAGCGGAAUUUAAAAUAGGCGCCGGAGAAAGGGAUUUUAUCAACGGUUGCGCAAGCAGUACCCUCCUACCGAUACGACGCUUCCUGGAAGGUGACAUGAAAACAAUUCAGCGCGAGAGGAAAGUUCUGAAUACGAAACGUUUGGAUUUGGAUGCGGCAAAAAGUCGGCUAAGAAAGGCAAAAUCCGUGGAAGCACAGGGAAAUGUAAGCUUACACUGGGCUUAUUCGCAGCAUUAUCGGACUGAUUCUGAAAAUUUUAUUUUUUGCUGA